CUCCCUCGUACGCCUUAAAUUCUUCACAAAAAUAAUAAAAAUAUUAAUUCAAAUAAAUGUUCAUCUUCUCCUACGAAUGAAAUUGAAAUUAAUUUGAGCGAUCGGAACAGGAUCGGGUCGGAUCUUUUGAAGUUCUUCAAUGGCGCAGAUACUUUCCCCUGUUUGUACGGAUCUUUUGAAGUUCCAGAACUCAGCUCUUAGCUCCAGAUCAGGUGCGUCGCCGCGGUUCUCGGCGAAGACCACCGGUGCUUCUUCAUCUUGGUACUUACCUCGGUACGCAGGAAAGAGGCGAACCGAUUCAAUCGGAAGAUUGAGAGUUGCAACUGAGGAUGCUUCUUCUCUUUCCACCGGUGAUGUCGCCGAUGAUUACUAUGCCGUUCUCGGACUCCUUCCAGAUGCUACGCAGGAGGAGAUUAAGAAAGCUUACUAUAACUGUAUGAAAUCGUGCCAUCCAGACUUGAGUGGCAAUGACCCCGAAACCACAAAUUUCUGCAUGUUCAUUAACGAUAUCUAUGAGAUUCUCAGUGACCCUGUACAGCGUAUGGUUUACGAUGAAAUUCAUGGGUAUACAGUGACUGCCAUCAAUCCUUUUCUUGAUGACUCCACCCCAAGGGAUCAUGUUUUUGUUGAUGAGUUUGCUUGUAUAGGCUGCAAAAAUUGUGCCAAUGUGGCUCCAGAUAUAUUUCAAAUUGAGGAAGACUUUGGUAGAGCAAGGGCUUGUAAUCAGCGUGGCAACCCAGAUUUGGUUCAGCAAGCAGUUGAAACAUGCCCGGUUGAUUGUAUCCAUCAGACUUCUGCUGCACAGUUGUCAUUGCUUGAAGAUGAAAUGCGAAGGGUUGAAAGAGUGAAUGUUGCUCUGAUGCUUUCUGGAAUGGGGUCAGGAGCAGUUGAUGUUUUCAGAAUGGCGAGAUCUCGAUGGGAAAAGAGGCAAGCAAAAGUUUUGAAUCAAGCUAGAAGUAGAAUGAUGAAGAGGAAAAACACAGAUGAAACACCUUCCUAUUGGGAUAACCUCUGGGGCAAACAGAAUGAAUACCAGAAAAGCGAGGAAGAAGUACAAGAACGAGCACAGCGAGCCGCCGCAGCAGCCAGGAGAUGGAGGGAAUACUCACGAAGAGGCGUGGAUAAGCGCCCCACCUUCAAACUCCCAGACUCCGCCUCCAGAGGAGACAACUGAAACCAUAGACAGAAAUCACUUAUAGUUUAUAUAGGUAAGCAGGUUUCUUACUAGAUUAUAUAUCUAUAUAUGUAAAUGUCAUGUCGCGUUCUAGACCUGUAUAGCUUUGUUCUCACAUCGAUUAAGGAAGAAAAAAACAAGUGUAUUUAACGUUUUCGAUUUCUGUAUUAUACUAUUUAAAAAAAAAGUUUGCAACGCCUAGAUAAAAUUAAAAUACAUUAGUUAUGUAAUAUGCUCGUGAUCAUUGAGAUUGUUCGUGUCAAUUAUUUCCUUACAAACGAUUUCAAGAGCGUAUGAAUGUGAACAUAC